CUCUCUUUUUUACAAAGGACCCCCUCCAACCUCCGUUCUAUGACAAGACGCCACCUCCUCAAGACCUCAACUGUACACAUUGGCAUUUGUGUCCCACUCAAUCCCUCCGUGAUUUCUCUGUCGCACUCUCUAACUUUCAGGUAAUUGAAAUCAUGAAAGAGAAGACAGAGAGAGAGCUCAAGAAGAUGAAAAACAGAAAAUAAAAAGUAGCCAAAAAUCCCUUUGUCGUAAACUCAAUCACAACCUCAUCACCUCUCUCCCUUUCUCUCUCUCUCUCUCCCUAGAAAUGAAGACCAACACCACAACCACCAACACAAACACAAAGCUCAUCCUCCUCCACCCCUCAUCAAUCCACAAAUCCAGCACAAAUGGAGGAAGCCCUCACCGGCUAUGGCUGCUCUUCUUCUUCACCUUCUUCACCCUCGCAUUCACUCUCACUCUCAUAAACACCACCAUCCCACAAACCCUCCCCAACUCCUCCCUCACGCCCACCUCCACAAUCCCACUCCAGCCGCCCAUUCUCGAUGCUCUUCUUCACUACGCCACUUCGUCGAACACCUCGUCUACACCCCACAUGUCCGCGCCAGAGAUCACCACCAUAUUCUCCACCCUCACCCGCGUCUGCGCACCUACCUGCAAUUUCCUCAUUUUUGGGCUCACCCACGAGUCCCUCCUCUACCUCGCCCUCAAUCUCAACGGCCGCACCGUCUUCCUCGACGAGAGCGAGUUCUUGGUCUCCAGGUUCGAACAGUCCCAUCCCCACCACACCCCCGAAGCAUACGACGUGUCGUACACGACCCAGGUCAAAGAUCAUAAACAAUUGCUCUCGACGACAAGAAGCCAAGUCAAAAACGAGUGCCGGCCGGUCCAGAAUCUGCUGUUCUCGGACUGCAAGAUUGGGAUCAACGACUUGCCGAACCACAUAUACCAGGUCCCUUGGGAUGUGAUUUUGGUCGACGGGCCACGUGGGUACUCGCCGGCAGCGCCGGGGCGGAUGGCGGCGAUCUUCACCGCCGGAGUUUUGGCUCGGAGCAAAAGGGGCGGCAGAGCCACGACCCAUGUGUUUGUCCACGAUUUAAACAGAGAGGUUGAGAGGGUUUUUAGCGACGAGUUUCUUUGCCGGGAAAACUUGGUGGAGGCUGUGGAUAGCUUGGGGCAUUUUGUUGUGGAGAAAAUGGAAGAUCAUAAUAGCUUUAAAUUUUGCAGAAAUCCAACAUCAUCGCCAUCGUCAAAGGGGGAUGAAGAUGAUUAAUUGAGAUGGGUUUUGUAAAUUAUAUUAAUUUAUGUUAAUUAAUACAUAAGUUUUUCUUCUUCA